GUGAUGAUCUUCCGCCGGAUGCCGUUCGCGGAACGACUUCGGAUGAGCGCCGUCUGUCGCCACUGGAACCGACUCAUCUUCGAGCACUUUCGCGAUCGCAUUCUGCUGCAUCUGGAGGACGGGAAACUCGCGCUGGACGUUCCACGUGGGGCUCUGUGCGGCGACCGGAAGUACGCGAACGUUCGGCUGAUCGGUGCCUUCGCUGAGACGCUGCUGUACACACAUGAGCUUCGAUUCGGUGCCCUGAGGGAUCACGUUCGGCAUUUGCACUUGGUGGUGGUUUGCCUGGACGUGGACUUGCUGGCGGAACUGCUCCGGAAGUUUGCCAAUUUGCAAUCGUUGAUACUUUUUGUCGAGAACUUCCAGAUUACCGGUUCGGUUCGGAUCCUGAAAGAGGGAACGCUGCCAAACAUCAGAAUCAUUGAAGGCAAGGGCUUGCUGCCCAGUCUGCAAUCCCUGAGUUUGGACCAAGUGGGCAACACAUCCAAGACCGGACUGAUCGCGUUCCUGAAGAUCAUGCGCCAACGGAAUCUACCAUCGGUGCGCCACAUCACGAUGACCUGCAUGGGCAAAAACAGUAACUUCCGAAGAAAUCCCACGUGGCUGGCCUGGCUGAACGAGUUUGCUCCGGUUUUGCACUCGCUGAACAUCGACUUUAUGUAUUCCUUCAUGAUGGCCAGGUUCUUCGCCCUGAACUUCCCCAACCUGAAAGCGUUGACGCUCAGAAUGUUUGCUCUUUCGCCCAUUUUGUUCCCUUCAAUGGACCCAUUCUGGCCGGAGUUGGGCGUCCUCGAAUUGGAACGUUUCGAGCAAUUUCUGUCCCGUCUGGUCAGCCUGUACUCACUUACAAUCGCCCUCCGAGAUGUGCACUUCGGUGAAGUCGCCGACGCAAUCUACUCCAUGGACCACCUGCAGGAACUAACCGUUGAACUUGUCUGCGAGCCGGGCAUUGCGAACCCCCUCCAACUGGAGGACAUCUGGUACAUGAAGAAUCUGCGCAAGCUGGCAAUCUUUUGCGACCACAUCGAGUAUCCGAGCGUGGACAGGAUCAAGCCGAUGCCACUCGUGGAAGAUCUUACCCUGGGGAAGGUCAAGCGAAUCGAUUUCAACACACUCAAGACCGUUUUCCCUUGCGUCAAAAUCCUGGACGUUCGCCAGUGCCCCAUGGUGACGCUACCUGAGUUGGCCAAAUCGUGGCGAUCGCUGGAGAACCUGUCGCUCAAUCUAGACCAGCCGAGUUAUGCCGAAGACUUGAUUUACUUGUUUGGGCUGCGAAAGUUGAGAGUUUUGCGAGUUUUCUCGAAAAAGGGGCUUGUCGACCGCGUUAAGUUUGUGCUGGGAUUUGCUAGCCUCGAGCAGCUGUAUCUAGACGGAGUCUGGAAGGGAAGCCUGGAGCCUCCGCAUCCUAACCUGUCCUGCCGAGUCAAGUCGUUUUUGGGUGAUUUGUGAUCAGCGAUAUCCGUUUCUGAUAACGUGGUUAUCUUAUUAUUUAUCACUUCGAAAUCUGUUCCUUGUACUUGAUCUUUUAUUAUUCAAAAGCUGUUAACAUUCCUACUUUCGCUGAAUUCGAUUUAUAAUAAA